CAAAGCACACUGAACGUUGAACGAGUAAUCAGUGUCACGUGACUAUGAUGAAAGCGAAGUCACGCGCUGUCGGACGUUCUGUCAACAAGGAAGCCAGUUUCAAGCGUUCGUUAUAACUAGUACUGAUUAACAUGGAAAAACGACAAACUCCUGAGAUUCUGGACUACAGGAAUGAAAAUGGUCAUGGGUGGUCCUUCUACAUCAAUGACGGCGUCCUUCGGAGAGUUGUCACCACCCCUGAGGAUGAUAUGGAAAUGAUCCGAAAUGUUCAGAAGCUCGAGCUGAGGGACGAUGACGUCAUGAUAGCGGCAUAUCCCAAAUGUGGUACCCACUGGUUGUGGGAAAUCGUCACCAUGCUCAGGGCCGGUAACUCUGAGUACCACAACAAGCCGAAAGAGAUCGCCAUGCUGGGGAUGCCAAAAUAUGAGCGAGCAGAUGAACUUCCCUCACCGCGGGUUCUGAACUCGCAUCUUUACCUCCGCCAUCUGCCGGAGAAACUGGUAGAGAAGCAAAUUAAAACCAUCUUCGUCAUGCGAAAUCCUAAAGAUGUCAGCGUAUCUUAUUAUCACCAUGUCAACGGACUCAAACAGAGUCUCGGGUUUGAAGGAACGUAUUCAGAAUAUCUGGAUCUGUUUCUGAAAGGAAAAGUCAGCAGUGGUUGUUAUUUCGACUAUCUGAAGGAUUGGCAGCAAGUGAAACAGGACAACCCGGACUUGCCUAUCUUAACAUUGUUUUAUGAAAACUUGAAAAAGGAUCCUGUUAAAAACAUCAAAGAGGUUGCCGAGUUCAUCGGCGAGUCAGUCACUGAAGAACUAUGUGAGCAAAUAGCAGAGGCGUGCAGCUUUAAGAAGCUGAAGGUUGCAGCCACGGACGUGAAGGAGGAAUUACCAAAUGGCAAUCGGUCAGAAGUCUGGAAGGAAGGACACGAAGGAAUGUACAGAAAAGGUGAAGUAGGGGAUUGGAAGAACUGGAUAACAGUUGCUCAAGACGAAAGAUUUGAUGACGUCAUAGACCGAAAAUUUGAAGCAAAAGGCAUUGUUUUCACGUAUGAAUAGCCAACAAAUAACGGGGUGAUCAUAUUUAUAUGUUCUUGAUGAAACUAAAUGCCAAGUAUCAGUAUUAUUUGUCAAGAGCCGAACCCACAUUCAGAGGAUACUAUUAAACAAGUAUAUAUGCAAGGCGAAGAAUGGUGCCUAGGAUGAAUGGGCAACCAGUGCCCCCAAACAGACCAACUGAACUACUGAGUAUUAUACUGCAUGUUUUAGAAAUGAUAUGGGAGACUGUCUUAUUUUGUCACUGUUGAUUAUAUGAAUGCGAGAAAUAAAAUAUAUUUAUUCUUUAUU